AUGUCCACAUUCGCCAAACAGUCCUUCGAUGCCGUCGGCUAUGCCCUGUCAAGACCGUGGGUUACCUAAGUGGCCCCAGACCCUGAUGAUGUAGCGCCGCUGCGCCUGAGGCCUGAGCCCCACUUGACGUCGCAAGCCGACGGAACCCAUACUCAUACCGAGGCCCUGCUUCCUCAUUCGCAGUGCGUACCCGCCCAAGGUCUAUCAGCACAUACUCUCUAUCGCCUCCAUCCCCUUGUCCUCGACAACUUCCACCAGCACCAGCGGCAAGGACUCAUCGUCCGUUUUGGUCGACCUCGGCUGUGGCCCCGGCUUGUCGACUUUUGCCUUUGUACCUCAUUUUGAUCGGGUACUGGGUCUAGACCCAUCCAAGAACAUGGUCCAUCAUGCAACCGAGAUACUCAAGGGGAAGGACGCGUCUACUCAAGACAAGCUUAGGUUCGCGCAGGGCAAAGGUGAAGAUUUGUCCCAGGCGGUUCUAGGGUUGGAAGAUCGGUCCGUCGAUCUGGUCGUAGCAGGUUCGUAUUCCGAGGUUCAUAUGCAUUGAAACGAUUUUGGACUUACUGACCGUCUGAGAAUCCUACACCGCUCCAAAAGGUCAAGCCGCUCACUGGUUCGACGCCCAAGCCGUCUACUCGCAACUCACACGGGUGCUCAAACCAGGGGGCUCUUUUGUAUUCUUCGUGCGUUGAGAAGCAGGCUCAUCAGCUCAAAGAGUUGUACUCUCCACUCACAACCCGGAUUCUCACCGCAGGGCUACGGCGAGAUGUUCUUCCCUCAACCUUCCUCACCCGAGUUGAACCAACUCGUCCCCGAGUAUUCCGGCAACUUGCUCAAGGAUUACUGGCAACAACCCGGUCGAGGGAUCGCCGAAUCCCUACUCUCCCAGUACGCGUUCCCUUCACGCGAUUCGGAUAAAAGAUGGGACACCUCCUCGUUCCGAAGAGACUAUUUCCUUCGAGCAUCUUCGGACUCUUCUCCGGCUGUCCCUACCAACCCGGAGGACCCUCCAAACGUCCAGGUUGAGAAGCACGACUUGAUCUUGGAGCACGUAUGGUCAUUGAAAGAGCUCGAGGCGUAUCUCAGGACGUGGUCGUCGGCGCACACCUACGACGAGAAGCACGGUCCAGGCUCGGACGUGGUCAGGUCUUUCGUGGAAAAGCUGACGACGACAGGGUAUGGCAAGGGUCGAGCAGAUGGCAAGGAACGUAUUGGUUGGGAGAUGGGCAUGAUUUCGGGCCGUUUAGGUGCCGAAUAAACUUGUUGCGAUGACACAAGCAAGGCCAGUCUACUUUCUCCGCGUACUUUUGCUCUUCUCCCACGCAUCUUCCCUCGCUUGCUCGGUCCGAUUCAAAAAAUCUUGCUUCUCCAAGUAUCCGCCCUUCCUGUUGUGGUUCAAGUCGUCCUGCAGACCUUCCUCCUUGGUGACGAACUGUCCCCAAUCCAGUUUGGACUUUUCGAGCGUGUUGAGUUUGGCCGGUUUCGAGGAGAGUGAAGCCGCGAGGGCUCCGAGACCGCCUGAUUUGGGUCGACGAGGUGCCGAAGACGUUGCCGGUUUUGUCGUUGCAGCGGGUUCUGUCGUUGCCGAGGUUGUGGUUGCCGAGCACGACUCUGCUGUACUCUCCGAGUCGGCGCCGAACAGAGAGUCCAGCUUUGAUGUCGUACUAGUCGAUGUACCGUCGGGCUUGGAAGGUGGUGCUGUCGAUGGUGUUUGA